AUGGAGCAGGUGCACGGCGUCGACGUCAGCUGGAUGACGCAUGGCUCCCCGAAAGGCAAGUUGGCCCUAUGCGCGGCGCCGCCCGGCCGGCGCGGCGACGGACCCCACAAGUUCAACAAGUCGGCCUCGUCUCCGCCAAAGACUCCCGCUGCCGCACAGCCACGAGCGAUCCCAUCGGCGGCUACGAAUCCACGGAAUCCGCAGGGCACGGUAGAGGCCGCGAGCAAUGGCGACAAGACCAACGGCCAGCCGGAACCCAGUCCGUCCAAUACCACACCUUCACCUGGCGGCGGAAUCGCGAGACGGCUCUCCCGGUCCGGGUCGAUAGAUAAGCAGCCUGGUCCGAAUGGCACGCCGCCCGGCUCAAGACGCAACUCGUGGUUCUCCAGCAUCUCGGCCAAGUUCUCCAGCUCCGCCAACACGCCGCCGAGCAUCUCGCCACAGCAUUAUCACUCGCUCCACCACCUACAGGUCAAGGAGCAACAGCAGAAUCAGCAGUUGGAUGGCACCGGUCCGCAGCCGCAAGGCCAAAACCAGCCGCCGCCCCAGUCUGCGUCCACACCCGCUGAACCGCCCCCGCCCAAGUUGCACACGACGAGGAAUGCCGUCCUGCCGCAUGCCGCCAAGCCAGAUGGCAGUGGCCCCUAUACGCCUGCCCCGCCAAAGUCUAGCCAGGCCGGCAUUCUGGGUGUGUUCCGGCGGCUCUCCUCGUCUGGCGGCAGCGGGCAGGCGGCAGCAAAGCUUGGCAACGGACUCGUCGACCGCGUGACCCUCAACGUUGAUCAGGAUCGCGAGCGAUGUCCAAUCUCGGAGCUCAAGGACGCCAAGCUGCGGCGGGUUUCUUUCUGCGUGGAUGUGGAGAUUGCGCCGAUGCCGAAAUACGCCGAUGGUGACGUCGCGCAAAGACCCGCCGUGGACAGGACGCAAAAGAAGAAGCUCAUUGACAAGGGCGAGGGUGAGGCAUUGAAACACCCCAGGGUCGUCGAGGCGCAAAAGGAAGCCGACGAGGAGACGCCCAAGCCUGCUGCGGCGAAGCCCGUUCCCGUGCCUGCACCUUCAGAGCCGUCUCCGCCCGUAUCGGCCGCGACAAACGGCGUACAAGAGAAUGGGACGUCACCUCCAGACAAGGACAAGGACACCACCAAAAAGAAGGAGAAAAAGAAGAAGAGCGAAGAGGAGCGCAAGGCUAGGAAAGAAAAGCGCCGCCGACUCGCCGAAGACAAUGGCUCCGUUCCGAUAGAAAUUCACUACGACACCGACGACUCGUCCUCGGAGAACCCGAGCGGCGCCGGUACGCCUAAACCGCCCACGACGACGACACAUCCCACGACGAACCCUGCCAGAAUAUAUCGUCGAUGCUGCCAGCUGCGAGAAACGCCCAUUCUUAAGAAGAUUACUGAGCAACUCUCUGAUAGCGCGAAUUCGUCGCCUGCGACAGGGGUCGUAAACAAGUUGGACUUGACAGACUAUUGGCUCCAGCUGCCGGACCUGAUCACCCUGGGCGACUAUCUUGCCGUGGUCCCCGUCCGAGAGAUUAUCCUUGAGAACUGCGGUCUGAGCGACGAAGGCCUCCGGGUCAUCCUCGCGGGCCUCUUGGCCGCGAGGCAACCUCCCACCUCACGGCGAAAGAAGCCGACGCACGAGCAGGAGGGGCACGGCGGUGUUGUUGAGCGGGUGGUGCUCAAGAACAACAAGCUUGGGCCGGACGGGUGGAAGCACAUUUCUCUGUUCCUCUACAUGUGCCGAUCACUGAAGUACCUCGACCUCUCACAUAUCCCGUUCCCGCGGCAGUCGCCAGCGUGCUCCAACGGUACCCUUCCAGAUGGCCGGCAGAUCCCGCGAGGCAUCGCAGAUGUCUUUUCCAAGGCCCUUGCCGAGCGAUUAGGCGGCUCUACGCUGGAAAUGCUCAACAUUGGCGAGACGGCGCCGAGCAUGGACCAGCUUCGCAUCAUCAUCGAGGGCGUCACCAAAUGUGGCAUACGCAGGCUUGGGCUCGCGCAUAACUUGAUUGACGCGGAGGGCGUGGAGGUGGUGGCCAAGUAUCUCGCCGCUGGCAUGUGCGAGGGCCUCGAUCUGGGCGGCAACGACAUCAGGGAGCACAUGGAAACGCUCGCUGGCGCUCUCAAGGAAAAGGACCCCCUGUGGGCGCUGAGCUUGGCGGGCUGCAACCUGACCCCUUCGUCGCUCUGCAAGAUCAUUCCCUCGCUCGUCAAGCUCGAGUGCUUCAGGUUCAUCGACCUCUCGCACAACCACGACUUGUUCCAGUCCAAGCCCAGCGCCGUUGGCUUGCUGCGAAGAUAUCUGCCCAAGAUGGAGGGCCUCAAACGCAUCCACUUGGAAGAUGUCAACAUGACGUCUGAGCAGGCGAUUGCCCUGGUCGAAGUCCUGCCGGAGGUCCGGACCCUGGCUCACAUUAAUCUGCUAGGAAACGAGGAGCUGGGAAAGCUGGCAGACGCCAGGACCGAGGAGGCGCAAGAGGAGGCGUGCGCCUUGUACGCCUCGCUGCUGGCGGCAACGAGGGUCUCAAGGACCCUGGUGUGCGUGGACAUCGAAGUGCCGAGCGACAAGGCCGGCGAGAUUGUCAAGGCCAUGGCCAAGCAGGUCGUUGCCUACUGUCUCCGGAACAUGGAGCGGAUUCCCGACGCAGAGAUCAACAGCGCAGUGGCGUCAGCCAUGGCCGACUCUCGCAGCGACGGCGACGCAAGGGACCCGCCGUACCCCGAUGUGCUCGCCCACCUCGUCGGCCACGAUGUUAUGGACCAGGAACUCUCAGAGGACAACGAAUCGGCGCCGGAUGAAGACUACGUCAUUGGGGGCACGGGCGUGGUCAAGGCGCUGACGUGCUGCCUCAAGAACCACGGAGACGAGUCCGGCAGACAGUCUGGCGAGUUUGUGCGGGACGCGGAGAGCGGCGACGUAACGACGCGGCCCGGGUUGGCGACCGGGGGCAAGGCCAAGGACAUGUCGAAGCAUCUGCUGGCGGGUGCACGCAAGAUCCGCAUCCGGCUGCAGCCCGCGCUCAACAAGGCCAAGGCGAUGCCGGGCGACGAGCAGACGCUGCGCAAGCUCAUGUUCCUGGACAACACGCUGCAGGGCAUCAUCAGGAGAUUCGAGGACGAGUACCCAGACACGAGAGAGCCGGCCAGACAGACGGUGGAGGCGUCACCCGAGAGGACGCCAAGCGAGGAGCUGUCGACGUCGGUGCCGAUAGGGGACGAUUCAGCAGUCGCCGUGUCGGACGGCGAGGACGAGUCGGAGAUUCACCCGCCCAAGUCGCUGUCACGGUCCAACUCGAUGGCCAAGGUGCUCGCCGAAGAGGAGGGGCGAGUGCUACGCGCGGGCCACAGGUUCAGGUCGGGGCUCGUCCUCAGGCAGGACCAGAUCGACCUGCUGAGCACCAUCGACGGCAUCUCGGAGGACCCCAAGCACGCGAGGAUGCUCGAGGGCCUGGCCGAGGACAUCGGCGGCGAGCUGCUCGAAAAGGUCAAGGAAAAGGGCGCCGUGCGGGCCUUCAAGGAGGACAAGGACGUGCUCUUCCGAAGCAUGCGGGAUAGCGACCCCGCGCAUUGGGAGCUCUUCCUGGAGUCGCAGCAGAAGGCGCGGGCCAACAUCAAGGUGGCGUCGAACGAGAAGAACGGGGAGGUGAUUCCGCCCGCUGACGAGAGCGCCAUUGCGGAUUAG